AUGUCUGAUAUUUUGGAUGAGAUUGUUAUAGAAGACGUUGUGGCGAAUUGCCCACAGGAAUUUUUGCAGUAUCAUAAGUGCAUAAGAGAUAAUGAGGAAAAUCCUGGAAAGUGUAGAGAUGGAAGAGUGACGUUAUCUACAUGCAUUAGAGAAAAAGUGCCCAGUGUGAAAAGUAUCAUGAGUGAAUGUAAUGAGCCAAUGAAGAAAUAUGAUCAAUGCAUUCGUGAAAAUAUGGGUACGAGAACUAUUAAUGAAAACUGUCUAGGAUUCUUACAAGAUUUAAGGAAAUGCGCGGAAUUGCAGGUUGAAAAUAAAAAUAUCAAGCCUUCAAUUAAUGGAGUAAACUUGGAAUUAAUCAAAGACUGA